AUGCCUGGGCUGCCUCCCCUGGGCUUCCACCUCUUGGCCUCCUUGGGUCUCCUGGCUGUGCUGGGCCUGGCUGUGGGGGGCCCUCUGUGCCUGUCGCGCCAGCUGAAGAUGCACGGUGACUACAUGCUGGGUGGGCUCUUCCCCAUGAGCUCAGCUGAGAUCUCUGGCCUCGGGUACAGGACACAGCCAGAAAGUACCAGUUGCAAAAGGUUCUCGGCCCUUGGCCUGCUCUGGGCGCUGGCUGUGAAGAUGGCCGUGGAGGAGAUCAACAACGGGUCUGACCUGCUGCCGGGGCUGCGUCUGGGCUACGACCUGUUUGACACAUGCGCAGAGCCUGUGGUGGCCAUGAAGCCCAGCCUGCUGUUCCUGGCUAAGGCGGGCAGCCUCAACCUUGCUGCCUACUGCAACUACACUCAGUACCAGCCUCGUGUGCUGGCUGUCAUCGGGCCCCACUCCUCCGAGCUGGCCCUCAUCACUGGCAAGUUCUUCAGCUUCUUCCUCAUGCCCCAGGUCAGCUAUGGAGCCAGCACGGACCGACUGAGCACCCGGGAGACAUUCCCCUCCUUCUUCCGCACAGUGCCCAGCGACCGCGUGCAGCUGAAGGCCGUGGUGGAGCUGCUGAUGUUUUUUAAGUGGAACUGGGUGGCGGCCGUGGGCAGCGACGAUGAGUACGGCCGCCAGGGCCUGAGCAUCUUCUCCAGCCUGGCCAGCACCCAUGGCAUCUGCAUCGCCCACGAGGGCCUAGUGCCGCUGCCACGUGCCCACAGCACACGACUGGGCCAGGUGGAGAAGCUGCUGCGGGCGGUGAACCAGAGCAAUGUGCAGGUGGUGGUACUCUUCGCCUCAGCCCGAGCUGCGCUCUCCCUCUUCAACUACAGCAUCCACAGCCAGCUCGAACCCAAGGUAUGGGUGGCCAGCGAGGCAUGGCUGGCCUCGGACCUGCUGCCCACGCUGCCCGGCAUGGACCAGGUGGGGACCGUGCUUGGCUUCCUGAUGCGCGGUGCCCAGCUGCCCGAGUUCUCGGACUACGUGGCCACCCGCCUGGCCCUGGCCGCUGACCCAGCCUUCUGUGCGUCUCUGGAGGCUGCGCAGCCAGGCCAGGAUGAACCCGAGGUGUGGCCGCGCUGCCCGCAGUGCGACCACAUCACGCCCCAGAACCUGACCACCAGGCUGCUGCACCACCAGACCUUUGCUGCCUACGCGGCCGUCUAUGGUGUGGCCCAGGCUCUGCACAAUGCGCUGCGCUGCAGCGCCUCCAGCUGCCCCGCGCACGAGCCCGUGAGGCCCUGGCAGCUCCUAGAGAAGAUGUACAACAUGACCUUCCGAGCCCGCGACCUGGAGCUGACUUUUGACGCCAGCGGGAACGUGGAGAUGAUGUAUGACCUGAAGCUGUGGGUGUGGCGGGACCACAAGCCUGAGUUCCGGACUGUGGGGGUCUUCAACAGCCGGCUCUGGCUUCGCCCCUCCCAGAUCCUGUGGCACACUCCAGGCAACCAGGUGCCAGUGUCCCAGUGCUCAAGACAGUGCGCCCAGGGCCAGAUCCGCCGCGUGAAAGGCUACCACUCGUGCUGCUAUGACUGCAUGGACUGCAAAGCAGGCACCUACAGGCACAGCACAGAUGACCUCUGGUGCUCCCCGUGUCGCCAAGAAGAGUGGUCCCCCGACCGGAGCACGCGCUGCUUCCCCCGCAGGCCCAAGUUCCUGACGUGGGGGGAGCCGGUCACACUGGGGCUGCUGGUGCUGCUGGGCCUGGUGCUGGGCCUGACGCUGGCGGCCCUGAGGCUUUUCACACUCCAUUGGCACAGCCCGAUGGUGCGGGCUUCGGGUGGCUCCCUGGCUUGCUUUGGCCUGGCCUGCCUGGGCCUCGUCUGCCUCAGCGUGCUCCUGUUCCCCGGGUGGCCCAGCCCUGCCAGCUGCCUCGCUCAGCAGCCACUGCUGCACCUGCCCCUGACCGGCUGCCUCAGCACGCUGCUCCUCCAGGCAGCGGCCAUCUUCGCGGAGUCAGAGCUGCCACCCAGCUGGACGGGGCGGCUGCAGGGCUGGCUCCGGGCACCGAGGGCCUGGCUGGUGGUGGUGCUGGCCGUGGUGCUCGAGGCAGCCCUGUGUGCCUGGAACGUGGCGGCGUUCCCAUCAGAGGUGGUGACCGACUGGCAGAUGCUCCCCCAAGAGGCCCUGGUGCACUGCCGUACGCGCUCCUGGGUCAGCUUCGGCCUGGUGCAUGCCCUCAAUGCCAUGCUGGCCUUCCUGUGCUUCCUGGGCACCUUCCUGGUGCAGAGCCGGCCAGGCCGCUACAACCCAGCGCGCGGGCUCACCUUUGCCAUGCUGGCCUACUUCAUCACCUGGGUUUCCUUCGUGCCGCUCCUUGCCAAUGUGCACGUGGCCUACCAGCCCGCCGUGCAGAUGGGUGCCAUCCUCCUCUGCGCCCUGGGCAUCCUGGUGACCGUCCACCUGCCCAAGUGCUACCUCCUGCUGUGGCACCCGGCACUCAACAACCUCGAGUUCUUCCUGGGGGAGGGGCCUGGGGGUGGAGGGGAGAUGCAAGGGAACCGAGGGGCAGUGUCCCCAGACCUCGUGACUUCACCCUCGGUGACCCCAGCCCAAUAG